UCCCCUUCAUUUCCCGCUCCAACAUGUUGUCAGGAGGAGAAAGAGGAGGAUGCUGCGCUCUACGCUCGGUGCGUUCUUGCCACCUCUCCGGCCAGCGCACGCUUCCUCUGACUCAGCCUCAGCGCUCAGUUGUCUCAGCCUGAAGGACUUAAGGCAGGAGGUGGAGGAGGAACCGAAGGAUACACUGGAGAUCAGGAGCCCUCACUCCAGGGUCCCCAACAGGAACAACAACAGCAGGAGAGCAGACCAGAGCAACUGCUACUCAUCUGUGGUGGAAACUACUAAUUCCUCAGCAGUGACAACCUCUUCUGCCCCCUCUAGUUUCCAUCCCUCCCCUUCCUCCUUCUCGGCUCCAAGAUCCAUGUGGCAAGAGGCAAUAAGGAGGAAGCGGUAUCUCCUGAACCGGCCAGGGGAGUCUGGUGAAGGAGAUAAAGGAGGGGGAAGAGGACAGGAUAAGAGGAACAGGUCCCCGGAUUGGCUGUAUGAGUCCUACUACUGUAUGAGCCAGCAGCAUCCUCUGAUUGUGUUUCUGCUGCUCAUAGUGAUGGGAGCCUGCCUGGCUCUGCUGACUGUGUUCUUUGCUUCGGGACUGAACAUUGAGGACCAUGUGGCUUUUGUAAUCACUGUGCCCACGGCAAUGGCUAUCUUUCUGGCUGUUUUUGUACUCGUCUGCAUUGAGUCUAUCUUCAAGAAGCUUCUACGUGUUUUCUCGCUGGUCAUCUGGGCGUGCUUGGUUGCCAUGGGCUACCUGUUUAUGUUUUCUGGCGGGAUCAUCUGUCCAUGGGAUCAGGUGUCAUUCUUCCUGUUCAUUGUGUUUGUGGUUUACACCAUGCUGCCGUUCUCUAUGCGGGACGCCAUCAUCGCCAGCAUCCUGACCUCCGCCUCUCACACCAUUGUGUUGAGUGUCUGCCUGUCCACCACAGCUGAUCGCAUGGAGCCAGUAGUGUGGCAGAUUUUGGCCAACAUUAUAAUUUUCAUGUGUGGCAACAUGGCGGGGGCAUACCACAAGCAUCUGAUGGAGUUGGCACUUCAACAGACUUACCAGGACACCUGCAACUGCAUCAAGUCGCCAAUUAAACUGGAGUUUGAGAAGAGACAACAGGAGCGUCUCCUGUUGUCCCUGCUGCCAGCUCACAUUGCCCGUGUGAUGAAAGCUGAAAUCAUCCAGAGACUAAAGGGCCCCAACUUCGGCCAGAUUGAGAACACAAACAAUUUUCACAACCUCUAUGUGCAGAGGCACACCAAUGUCAGUAUACUGUAUGCUGAUAUAGUCGGAUUCACACGGCUAGCCAGUGACUGCUCACCAGGAGAGCUGGUGCACAUGCUGAAUGAGCUCUUUGGAAAAUUUGAUCAAAUUGCCAAGGAAAAUGAAUGUAUGCGAAUCAAAAUCCUUGGUGACUGUUAUUACUGUGUGUCCGGCCUGCCAGAGUCUCUGUCAAACCAUGCUAAGAACUCUGUGAAAAUGGGUCUGGACAUGUGUGAGGCAAUUAAGAAAGUGCGAGAUGCCACUGGGGUUGACAUAAACAUGCGUGUUGGUGUGCAUUCUGGGAAUGUCUUGUGUGGAGUAAUUGGACUUCAGAAAUGGCAAUAUGACGUUUGGUCACAUGAUGUCACGCUGGCUAAUCACAUGGAAGCAGGAGGUGUCCCAGGGCGAGUCCACAUCACCUCAGUGACACUGGAGCACCUGAAUGGUUCCUAUAAGGUGGAAGAUGGGGAUGGGCAAGAAAGAGACCCCUAUCUAAAGGAACAUGGAGUCAUCACUUUUUUGGUCAUCAACCCAAAGGUGGAGCGUCGGAGCCCUCAGCAUCAAUACCGUUCCAGACACACUGCAGACGGAGCAAAAAUGAGGGCCUCCGUCCGGAUGACCCGCUACCUGGAGUCCUGGGGAGCAGCCAAGCCCUUUGCCAACCUGCACCACAGAGACAGCAUGACUAAUGAGAAUGGGAAGAUCAACACCGCUGAUGUGCCAAUGGGCCAGUAUCACUUCCAGAGGAGAUCAGAAAGAACAAAGUCUCAGAAGAAACGCUUUGAGGAGGAACUUAAUGAGAGGAUGAUCAGGACCUUUGACGGGAUUAAUUCGCAAAAACAGUGGCUCAAGUCCGAGGACAUCCAAAGAAUAUCGUUAUUCUUUCACAACAAAUCCUUGGAGAAGGAGUACAGAGCAACCACCUUGCCGGCAUUCAAAUACUAUGUCACCUGCGCCUGCUUGAUAUUUUUCUGCAUAUUCAUUGUGCAGAUUCUCGUCCUUCCAAAGACAAUUGUGUUGGGGAUAUCCUUUGGAAUGGCUUUUAUUAUCCUUUCCUUGAUCCUCUUCAUAUGUUUUAUAGGACACUUCCUGCACUGCAGUAAAAGCUCCUCCACUUCUUGGAUGUGGCUGCUGAGGUCAUCAGUCAUUAUUGCUAACAAGCCAUGGCCUCGUAUCACUCUCACCAUGACGACCACAGCUCUGAUACUCAUAAUGGCAGUCUUCAACAUGUUCUUUUUGGAGGACAAUUUGUUGCCCCGUGUUCCUGUAAACAAUUCAUCCAAUGAAACACAGUUGUACCCUAAUGGACAACUCAUGGGCAACACAGACAAAAACAACUUCUACCUUCCUUAUUUAAUUUACAGUUGCAUUCUGGGCCUCAUCUCUUGCUCUGUAUUCCUGAGGAUAAACUAUGAGCUGAAGAUGAUUAUCAUGCUGACAGCUGUGGUGGUUUACAACGUCAUUAUUCUACAAACACAUGCCUCCCUGCUGGAUGAAUAUAGCAGAUUUCUGUACAAGACGGAAAGCCUGGACAGACCAGGAGUUCUCAAAGACCUGAAGACUAUGGGCUCUAUCUCCCUCUUUAUCUUCUUCAUCACUCUGCUUGUGCUUGCUAGACAGAAUGAAUAUUACUGUAGGUUAGACUUUCUGUGGAAGAACAAGUUCAAGAAGGAGUGCGAGGAGAUUGAGACGAUGGAGAACCUCAAUCGGGUUUUGCUGGAGAACGUUCUGCCUGCUCACGUUGCAGAACAUUUCCUGGCACGCAACUGGAAGAAUGAAGAUCUGUACCACCAGUCCUAUGACCUGGUGUGUGUCAUGUUCGCCUCCAUCCCAGACUUUAAAGAGUUCUACACCGAGUCUGACGUCAACAAAGAGGGAUUAGAGUGCCUCAGGCUCCUCAACGAAAUCAUUGCUGAUUUUGAUGAGCUGCUGUCCAAACCCAAAUUCAGUGGCGUUGAAAAGAUCAAGACUAUUGGCAGUACUUACAUGGCUGCUACUGGGCUCAACGCAUCACCUGGGCCUGAGUACACAUUACAGGAGCACGACAGGCAGUACAUGCACAUAGGGACCAUGCUGGAGUUUGCAUUUGCCUUGGUGGGGAAGCUGGAUGUCAUAAACAAACAUUCCUUCAAUGACUUCAAACUCAGAGUUGGUAUAAACCAUGGGCCAGUGAUAGCUGGAGUCAUUGGAGCCCAAAAACCGCAGUAUGAUAUCUGGGGGAACACAGUGAAUGUAGCCAGCAGGAUGGACAGCACUGGAGUCCUAGGGAAAAUACAGGUGACGGAGGAGACGAGUCGCAUCCUUCUGACCCUGGGUUACAUGUGCUCUUGUAGAGGAAUCAUCAACGUCAAGGGAAAGGGAGAGCUCAAGACCUACUUUGUGCACACAGAGAUGACCCGCUCACUGUCCCAAGGGAAUGUAAUGCCCUAACACUUGCUUGGAAUAUGCUGAUUUGACACUAAAUGAACAAAUAGAGGAGAUUUGAUCUUCUCAAUGCUGUUGCUCAGUGGGAAACACAAGGGAUUCAGAUCUGCGCUGUGAGGAGGAAAGGAAUCAGAUUUUAAUGUUGCAUUCCAAGUUAAGUUUGCCACAGCUGUAGUAUACAUUUAGUCACUAACUGUAUGUAACUAAGUGUAGCAUUUACAGCAAGAAGGCAACAACCCAUGAAAUAAUUUGGAAUUUGAAGGUUGGAUCCAGACAAGCCAAAGUAAUCCUGAGAAUGAUCUUAAAAUGGUAUCAUAUUCUGAAUCAGUUGUGGGAGGCUUGCGCUAGUCACUUUGCCAUAAAAGCCUCUUUUUCAGCCUGACAGAUCAAAAACCUUAUUCAUGUAUUUACUUUACAGGACACAGUACAUUUGAAUGUCAAACAAUGUACAGUAAGACGUCUUGAAGAGCAUUUAAAAGAGAAUAAUUUCAGUGUGAACAGUCCAAGAAGAGUGUAUUGAUAUAACGCAGUUUGUGUGCUCCCAGCUUAACCACACUUUUCACAAAGGGAUACAAAAAGAGACGGAUAGAAGAUCUGAUGUCAAGAGAAAAGCUAAGGACCACUGUUACAAGGGAAAAGUGCAUGACCUCUUAUGAAAAGGUGAUUCUGGCUCUGUUUAAAAACAACACAUCCAGCCAACAAGGAGACACACCCGUGUGUACAUAACUCCAUCAAAUUUGUUACAAGCAAGAAGUCUUGGAUGUAUUUCACAGCCAGUCUAUGAACGUAAAAGCAUAUAAAAAAAAGAUGAAUAUAUUGUGAUAUUCAUGCAUGGCCACGUUUCCUAGAAGUGUCUUUUCACUUUAAUCAUCUUGUAUUCAUUGAAUGUGUACAACACUAAAAAUAUUAACUCUUUAUGGCCUUGGUCAGAUGCUGCUGGAAAUUGAACUGUUUGUUUCCAUCCAGAAAGGCUGCAGGGAUCAGAUCGGAGCCAUACAGGUUUACAAUUCAGGUUAUAGUAAAACUACUGGUCACAAAAGAUGAUUUUAGUGUAAGGAUUUUCAUCCAGGGAACCUGUGCCUGAGCAGUGUACAGGAUAUCUUUAGAGUGAAUAUGGUACGGUGGUUUUGUUACAAAAGAAAAUACAACCAAAAAAGUGUUUUUGAUGUUUUGAUGAUGCCAUUGUUUUUUGUAAAAACUUAAUUAAAAUUUCUAUGUAUUUCAUUUCUAUUGAGUGUUAUUAUUUGCCUGCCAGGUUCAGGCAUAUCACAUGACAUGAUUUCAAUUGAAUCUCAGUACAAAAAUGUUGGUAGAAAUGAAUUAAACCAA